CGGGUAUGUUGCUGGGGGGCGCUCUGUGAAUAGCGGUGUUGUGUUGUAACAUUAUUUUUGUGGUUUUGUUAGAUGCUGCGAUGGGGGGCAGGGACGCCUCUCCCUCCCUAGAUGGUAGCCGAAUGAUGCUAUGAUGGCGGCCGCGUUCAAUGGUCAUUUGGGCUCGUAGAAACGGUGUCAUGUCGACUGAUGUAGAACAUACCGACCGUGUACUCCGUAGAUGGUUCGUAUCGCACACCCUCGUGCGUGAGGCGUGCGGUUACUGUUCGGAGGGGAGGGGGCUAGGAGAUUGGGGCCCUUUUUGUUGGUGUUUGUGUUGGCUGCGCCUGGUGUUACGACGCUUUGGCCUGGUGGGUGGUGCCGGUUGUUGCUGUUGCCCGUUUGCCAUGUUGGUUUCGUCGAGUCGUCGUGUCAGGCUUGACCAUGAUGCGUACACUCGAGAGACGUGCUGCGUCGAUCGAAGUUGUUCUCUGAACGGGGUAUGUCGAUGAAAACAAUAAUUUGAUUCCAAUACCCGCACAAGCUUGCACUGAUGUGCUUGCGAACACUGUCCUCUUGUGUGUUCCGUUUGGUGUAACCUGGCGAUGAUGGUGCUUGAAGUUUAGCACACCUCCUGCAGAUAUACUAGCGCGUGAGGAGGAUUUGACAGACAACAGAUUGUCUUGGGUAUUUGGUCCAUGGGCUGUGCCCCGCCAUUCAUGAAAUGGCCUUUUUUGAAACAGCUUACUCGUAUCACGAAGGGAUGCCGCAUCUCCCCUCCUUUACUAUCUUGGAGGGCGAGCACAAAGAUGGAGCUGGUUAACCUUCUGCCAUACUUAUCACACACGACAUGUUGUGCGCGUUCAACGGCGCCGCCGUGGCCACCCCGGCGAAGUCGUCCUCGGCCAUGAAGAUGUCGUUCGAGUCGGAGAUCGGCGCGCAGCCCCCCCUCGGAUUCUGGGACCCGCUCGGCCUCCUCGAGGACGCGGACCAGGAGCGGUUCGAGCGCCUCCGGUACGUGGAGGUGAAGCACGGGCGCAUUGCUAUGCUCGCCAUCGCCGGUCACCUGACCCAGCAGAACACCCGCCUCCCCGGUAUGCUCUCGAACUCGGCGAACCUGUCGUUCGCGGACAUGCCGAACGGCGUGGCCGCUCUGUCGAAGAUCCCCCCGGCGGGCCUCGCCCAGAUCUUCGCGUUCAUCGGCUUCCUUGAGCUGGCUGUGAUGAAGAACGUGGAGGGCUCGUUCCCCGGAGACUUCACCCUGGGCGGCAACCCGUUCGGGUCCUCGUGGGACGCGAUGUCGGAGGAGACCCAGGCGUCGAAGCGCGCGAUCGAGCUGAACAACGGGCGCGCGGCACAGAUGGGCAUCCUGGCCCUGAUGGUGCACGAGGAGCUGAACAACAAGCCGUACGUUAUCAACGACCUCCUCGGCGCGGGGUACACCUUCAACUAGAUUACUAGUCCGUGCGUCCUUCCGACUUUUUGCACCGGGUAUGUUGCUGGGGACGCUCUGUGAAUAGCGGUGUUGUGUUGUAACAUUAUUUUUGUGGUUUUGUUAGAUGCUGCGAUGGGGGGCAGGGACGCCUCUCCCUCCCUAGAUGGUAGCCGAAUGAUGCUAUGAUGGCGGCCGCGUUCAAUGGUCAUUUGGGCUCGUAGAAACGGUGUCAUGUCGACUGAUGUAGAACAUACCGACCGUGUAAUCCGUAGAUGGUUCGUAUCGCACACCCUCGUGCGUGAGGCGUGCGGUUACUGUUCGGACGGGAGGGGUUAGGAGAUUGGGGCCCUUUUUGUUGGUGUUUGUGUCGGCUGCGCCUGGUGUUACGACGCUUUGGCCUGGUGGGUGGUGCCGGUUGUUGCUGUUGCCCGUUUGCCAUGUUGGUUUCGUCGAGUCGUCGUGUCAGGCUUGACCAUGAUGCGUACACUCGAGAGGCGUGCUGCAUCGAUCGUAGUUGUUCUCUGAACGGGGUAUGUCCAUGAAAACAAUAAUUUGAUUCCAAUACCCACACAAGCUUGCACUGAUGUGCUUGCGAACACUGUCCUCUUGUGUGUUCCGUUUGGUGUAACCUGGCGAUGAUGGUGCUUGAAGUUUAGCACACCUCCUGCAGAUAUACUAGCGCGUGAGGAGGAUUUGACAGACAACAGAUUGUCUUGGAUAUUUGGUCCAUGGGCUGUGCCCCGCCAUUCAUGAAAUGGCCUUUUUUGAAACAGCUUACUCGUA